GCUCACAAUUCACAUCACAUUGGGAUUGGGUUUUCAUUUUUCCUCCAUUCUUCUUCUUCUUCCACCCUCUCCUCUCCUUAUUGUGAAGCAAAACAUGUAUAGAAAUGGUGAGAAAGAAGAAAAAGAAGCAUGUUGCUAUUUCCAUCCAAAGCAAGUGGUUGUUGGUGUGUGCCCCUUGUGCUUGAAUGAGAGGCUCCUCGAACUGGCUGCAAAACAAGACCAUCAUCGCCCCUUUGCCUCCAUAGCUUCUCAUCACAGGCUUCAAACUUCCUCACACAGGAACCCUAUUCACAAGAUCUUUGCCUUUGGUUCUCUUUUCUCUCGCCACCAAUUCAAAUCUCACUACUAUGAUCAACAUGAUGCCUCUCCCAGCCCAGAAGAGUCAUUCAUCUCAAUCAAGUUUGAAGAAAAUGGGGUGGCAUCGUGGGAAAAGGGCACGGUCUCUAACAAGGGGGGUGUGAAUAGUGAAGUCCUAAUGACGGAGGUGAAGGAUAGUAACAGGAGCGUGAUAGAGCACGGCAAGUCAAAUAACGCGUUUAGAUGGCGAAAGCGUAUGGGCCGUUUGGUCCACUUGAUCCAAUGGAAGAGGUCCAGUAAGGGUGGUGUGGGCCACGUUGGGAACAAGGUUGAGGGAGUGAAGGUUAGAAAGGGUUGGAUGAGAACGCUGACAAAGAGGAAGACCGUGGAAUAAAGGGGUGGUGAAAAGAAAAGUGACACCAUGACUUGCUUCUUUUUUUUUUUUUUUUUU